CAACAGCAGUGGCUGUCCAGUCUUCACCACCAGCAGAGCUGCACCAGCGACAGUGAGGAAGCCAUGAUGGAAAUGAAAAGUAUCCUAAAGCCCAAAAGAAAGGUGAGCAUGCUGCUGUCUGGGGAGGACGGCAGCGCCACCCAGAGCAGUUCCAUCGGGGCCGUACGCUGGAACCUGCCCACCCAUGAUGAAAGCAGCCAGCCUCACAGCUCAGUCCCCAGCAGGCCCACCAACAGCCUCAAUAAACAGUCACAGCAACAAACUCGCCAAAACGGCCUGAAAGAUCUCCGCAGCCUGCAGGAGUGCGUGCAGUUUAUCCAGCAGUGGAAGGAACAGGUGGAUCAAGUGUGCAAGGAAGCUCUGGAUCCAGGAGAAGGCACCACGAAGGACGCCCAGCGUUCACAGGGGCGCGCCGAACGCAGUCUCGAGGAGAGCAGGAAGCUAAUCCUGCAGUGGGCCGAUGAGCUCCGCGAUGUUGACAGGCUCCUGAAGGAGACUCCCUGGCUAUCUGACAGUCACGAACACGAAACUAAAGACAAGGAUGCCAGUGAGGUGGCACACAUGAGGAUCAUGGAGUGGGCAAAGGAGCUGCAGGAGGCGAGCGAGCGUUGUGGCGUUCAGAGCGAUGAGCUGGGGAAGGUGCUGCGUGUGCUGACUCUGAAGAAGAACCGGCUGAUCAGGCUGAUGCCUCUGUUGGAGUUCAUCACCUGGUCGCUGCUCAAGGAAGGAAGCACGAAAAUCGUCCCACAGUUGUGGCUCCUGGCAAAGCAAAAGUCCUGGGAAGCAGGAAUUCCUCGAUACAUCCCCAACUCAGUUUGGGGGUGGAUCUGCAGCGCAGCAGCUGAUGUGAUUCUUGACCCCAUGACCAACCACCCAUGGCUGCUUCUCUCAGAUGACCAGCGUAAAGUCCAGGAGUCCUCUGUAGUGUCAGAGCAGCCUCAAAGCUCCCAGCGCUUCGACGAAUGGCCCUGUGUGCUCGGCAGGGAGGGCUUCAGCAGCGGCCGCCAUUACUGGGAGGUGAACAUAGCCAAUAACGGUUACUGGCGCGUGGGCGUGACCACCGCUGACUCUGAGCGGCACGGGAAGUUCACCAUGAUGCCAAAGAAGGGCUACUGGGUGCUGUGGCGCAGCACGCACAAAUUCUACGCCUGCAGCAAGCCAGAAAAGGAGCUCCCCCUCAGCCUCGUGCCCAGGCGCAUGGGGGUCUACUUGGACUACGAAGAAGGGCAGAUCUCCUUCUACAACGCUGAAACCAAGUCCCACAUCUACACCUUCACUGGAACCUUUAGAGAGAAACUGUACCCUCUGUUCGCCCCACUGGAUGGACGCACACUCAUGACGAUCAUCCCGCCAAACAACAUCUCAGGGAAAUGAGAGACAGAAAAUCUCACUGGACUUUAAUUUGACUCCACCUGUGAGGUCUAAGUCCAUAAUCGGUGAUAAUUCUGACCCUCUGUGCCUUUUUUUGGCUUUAAAAAAAAGUGUCUUUUCUUGGCAACCAGGGGGACAAAAAUCACUCUAACUGAGAUGUGUCAAAACAAUUGCUUCUUGUAUUUUUCCUAAGCGUACAUAAGGUUAGGGUUGACUGUUGUCAUAGCUACUCAGACCUCACACGGUUGUAAAGAAAAGAAAAACCCAGAUUAUGCAUUAAAAGUAUAAAAGUAGGUCAUUAUUGAAAUUAAAAGUGCGUGUUUUCACUUUCAAAACAAAAUAGUUAAAACUUAAUUUUGCUAAGUUUAUCUUAAAUAUUAACCUAAAAAAAGAAUUUAAAAUAUUUAAAACUUUAGCUCAACAACUGAGCUUUAAAAAAAGCUAUAAGCUACAAUGCUAAUGAUGUAAACAGCAGGAAGACUUUAUUGAUAUUUUCAGUCAUAGCGUGCUAAAUAUAGCAAAUACAUUUCAGGACAAUUCCGAUGUUGCAGCUACAAACAGCAACUGCAGAAAUGGGUAAAUAGAUUUAUUUUUAAAACCUGCAAUUUAAAGAAUAAGCUAACUCUGUCCAAAACUGAAGGCAACAACAUGUUGCUUAUUUUUUCGACAUUUUGCCUCUUCGUACAUGAAUGCACUUUAUAAUGCACUUUCAGAUGGCAAUAAAUGUUUUAUAUGGCUGACUUAACGUCUUGCAUUCCUAUCCCUUUUGGCUUCUUUUCCUAAGAUUCAUAGAUUUUAGAGUUGUAAACAGCUUUUUGUUUACCUUUUGUAUCGUGCCAAAUUGACAUUGGAAGUAAACUGUGUGUAAAAUAAAUUGUAAUUGUG